AUGCCCUGCUGCGUGAUUUCGGUCUCGACGCUGCUGGCCGCUUUAAGGGUGAUGGGGCGCAAGAACCGUGGCCGCAUUGAAGAAGGAGAACAUGUCAUUGAAAAUGGAGAUACAGGAGCUUAUAAGGAAAGGGUUUUGAAGACCCGUUUAUCUGGCUUAGUGCCUGUGUUAUCCAAUGACGCUUUAGCUUAUCUUCCUAAACCAUUCGAAGAAGAAGAGUCGACCAAUUUCGCUGAUGAUGUUGAGUCAGAGAUGAUUAUAACCAUGAAGAACUGCAGAGAUUUGGGCUAUAAGCAAGUGUCACUUCUGCAAGUUCUGCACAAAUCAAGCAAACCAUUUUUCAGUACAAAUAGUAAAACCGACGCCCGUUGCAGAAAAGAAGACCCCAUCCACGUCUUGGAAAAACUGCAAAGUACUUUUGGGGCUAUAAUGAAGCGGGAAGCUGGUUUUGUGAGCAAUAAGAAGGGCCGUGACAGACCUCCGUCGGACAUAGACGCGUCGUAUCAUAGCUAUAAAAUAAAGCUGAAGAAGUCACCUUCAAAGCUACGAACUGAAACUAAGUUGCUGUCUGUCGGCCAAUGUAAUUGCUCCCGGGAUAUGAAAUAGUGAAUUGUGUUUGUAUUGUCAAAAUCGUAAAUAAAAGUGUGCAUACAA